AUGAUUUAAUCCAAUGAAAAGUAAUAGAAAAUCAAUUUAUCAUGCAAGAAACAUGAUGAAUAAUAAAUUAUUAUAUGGUGUAGUUAACCAGAUUGUAAAGAGGGGAGAUUAUGUUGUGCUCUUUGCUAAAAUGAAAAUAAACACGGUGCUCACUUUUAAAAUGUCUUUGAAAUUGAUUAGUUAGUUCCCUAUUUUGCCGAGUAAUAGAAAAAAGUAUUCGAAUUAAAAUAAUUUGCCUAAAGUUCAUCAGAAAAAUUUUGUAAAUUCUUUUCUUAAAUAAUGGAUGAAAUUGAAUAUCUAUUUUAUUAAUUUGAUCCAGAAAAUAUAAGAAGUCAAGAAUCAAUUUGUGAUGCCAUAUAAUUGUCUUUUCAAUUUGAAAAUUUAUAGUAAAAUAUCGAAAAAUUUUUUGUUAAGAAAUUAGAAGAAAUCCAAGAUUAUUUAGGAUAAUUUAAUAAAGAAAAUCAACUAAAUCUAAAGGAUGCUGAAAAAUAUUGUAAAUUAGGAGAUAGUUUACUUAAACAAAAUCGUUUAGAUGAAGCAAAAAACUUCUAUUAAAAAAGUUUACAUAUUAAAAAAACAGAUUUUAAUGCCAAAAUAGGAAUAGGUAUUAGAACUAAAUAUAUCUUAAGCUUAAUGUUUACAAAAAUCCCAUAAUUACAAAGAAGCAUUAGAGCUGUAUAAGGAAGUUCAAAAUGAUGAUAAAAAUAAUUAUUUUAUCUCGUUCUAAAUUGGUAAUAAUUAUAUUUAAAAAUAGCCGAAUGUUUAAGAAAUAUGUGGUAAGAUGAAGAAGCUCUUGCUGCUUAUUCUUAAGCUUUAGACAUUCAUGAAACUACAUAGGGUUUUUUUAUGUAAGGUAAUGAAAUCAAAUAUUCUUAGGUGUGACCCUAUUUAAUUUGAAUAGAAUGGAUGAAAUAUUAUAGUUUUAUUAGAGAGCAAAGAAAUUAGGAAUAAAAGAUGAAUGGAUGAAACUAUUCAAAAUAUUAAAAUGUAACGAAUACUUAGUUAACUCUAUUAGUUUAAAUGGAUGAAAAUAAUGAUAAAGCACAAGAAUUAAUUAAUUAAAUAGGAAAUGAUUCUGACUAAUAAGUACAUUGUCGAAUAUCUAUUUGUAAGUCGAUUAAAAUAUUAUUAGUUAAAAUAUUAUCGAGUCUUGAAAAUAAAGAAGAAAAUCUGAAAUAUGCCAAUCAAAUUUUGAAAAUUGAACCUAACAAUUUGCAGACAUUGUAAAUCAAAUGUAUAGUUUGAUUAAAAAUUUUAGUCGACAUUUUACUAGAAUAGUAGUAAUACGAAGAAGUAAUUCUACAGUAUGAUUAAAUGUAAAAGAUAAAUGGGAAACAUGAAUCAAUUAAUAAAAUGAAAGAUAAAUUAUAUUCUAAAUUAUCAGAAUUAGAUGAUUAUGAGUAAAUGGAUAUAUUUGAACAAAUAUUAUUAUUUAAUCCAAAAAGUAUUACAACACAAAUAAUGAAAUGUAAGGCACAUUUUAAAUAAAAAUUAGGUUAAUUUUUAUUAGAUAAGUACAAAUACAAGUAAGCAUUAUAUACUUUUGCACAAAUUCUUAAAUUAGAUUGGAAUGAAGAGAUUUUAGAACUAAAAAAUUAAUUAUUGUUAAAAGUUUCUAGUGAAUUUUAAGAUGAUCAUAAGAUAUUUUAUGAUUUUUAUACUAAAUGGUUACAAAUUAAUCCAUCAAAUGUUAUUGUUUUAGAGUUUAUGUGUAAAAAUUAUUAAAUGUAUUUUAAGAUCAUCUUUUAAUAAAAUAAAAAGAGUUUGAAGAAGCUAUAAAAUUUAUAUAAUUAAUUUUAUAAUUCGAACCAAAUAACUUUAUGAUUUAAUCCAAACUAUGUAAAUUAGUUAUAGAUAUUCUAGGUAAAUGUUUAUAUCAAAAUAAUUUAUGAGAAUUUUUAAUCAGAGUGGAUAAAAUUAAAGAAGCAAUAAAUAUAUUUAAUUAACUGAUAAAUUAAAUUCAUUCGCCUUCUAAAAAAAUGCAGAAGAAAAAUAAAAAAUUAUUUAAUGAAAUAAUAGCACUUUGUAAAAACAAUAAUAAUAGAGAAAUAAUAACAAAGUUAUUAAAGGAAGAUCCCGAAAAUUUUGUAGCUUAAAUUUUAGAAUGUAUUUUCAUAUUAAAACUUAGAUAUUCUAAUAUCCUAGGAUGAAGAAAGUGAAGAUGACAGUAAAGUUGGAAAAGGAUUAGAGUCACUUGAAUAUAUUUAUGAUGCCUUCAAUCAAAACUAUCAAAAUAAAUUAUAAUUGAUAGUAAUUAUUUUCAAUAUCUUAGUAAAAUUUUCUUGAUGAAGAAAAAGAAAUGAGCAUAAGACAUAGAGUUAUUAUUAUGAAAGCUAUUAAGGAACUAUUUAUUUUAACCAAAAAAAAAGAACCAAAUAAGUUAAUCAAACUUAUCAAAAAAAGUCUCUUAAAGAAGAUUGAGAAUAAAUUAAGUUCUAAUGAAAGACUCUCUAUUUUAUAAUGUAUUCUAAAAAAUGAACCUGAUAAUUUAAUUGCAUUAGAAUUGAAAACUAUUUUACUAUUUCAGAGGAAUUCAACAAGAAAUAAAAAAUAAAUAAUUAAAAAUAUAGAAAUAAUUUUGGAUUAAAAUCCAUAUUUUUUAAAUCUUGUUAAAAUAAAAUGUAUUUAAUAAAUUAAAAUAUAGGUUAAUACUUACUUGAAAAGAAAAAAUUUGGAGAGGCAAUUGAAUUAGCAAAUUCAAUUUUAUCUAAUAAAAAUUUAUUCAUAAGAAUAAAAAUUUAUUUUGGUUUUCAGGAUCCUUUGAUUAAAAUAAUUAAAAUGAUUGAAGAAUUUGAUCACAAAUCUAAAUUUAAAGAACUCAAUAAAAUUCUAUAGGCUAAUUAAGAUAAUCAAAUAGCCUUAAAAUUAAUGUGUCUCGCAUUAUUAGAAAAAAUUGAUGAGCAAUCAAAAGAAAAAGAUGAGCAAUCAGAAGUAUCAAAAAAAAAAGAUGAGUCAUCAGAUGAAGAAGAUGAACCAUCAGAAGAAAAUGAUGAGUUAUCAAAAGAAAAAGAUGAGCUAUCAGAAGAAAAGGAUGAGUUAUCAGAAGAAAAGGAUGAGCAAUCAGAAAAAAAUGAUGAGCAAUCAGAAGAAAAUGAUGAGCUAUCAGAAGAAAAAGAUGAGCUUAACGUUUCUGAUUGCCUAACUAAAAUAAUUAAACUUUCAAAUCGACUUAAUGAAAUUACAUAUUAUCUUAUGAAAGAUGUUGGGGAUAUUAAAAAGUAGAUUUAUAAGAUAUUGAUGAAAAAUAAAAAUGUAAAUAAAACAAUCAUUACUUUUAAAAAACUUGAACUAAAUAAUUCUGAGAAGUUAUUUGCAUAUCCAAUUUUAUGUAAGAAAUUUAAAUUUAUUUUAGGUAAAAUAUUAAUAUAGAACGAUAAAUGGUAAGAAAUAUAAUAAAUUACAGAUGAAAUGUUAAUGAUCAACCCAAAUAAUUUUGAAGCCUAAGGAUUAUUAGGUAUUACAAUUUAAUUACUAAUAGCUUAAUCUUUAUUUAAAUAAGGGAAAUUUAUGGAAUCAUAUAUAAUCUUAGAUUAAAUGAUAAAUUAAUUUAAUGAUAUAGAUGAGUUUGAUAUGAUGAUGAAAUAAAAACGAUUAACAUCAUUUCUUAAUUUUUUUUAAGAUAAUAAACAUUAAGAUGAACAUCUGAUUGAAGAUGCAAAAGAAAUUCUAGAGAGAGAUCCUUAAAGUUUUAUGGCAAAUUUUAUAUUAUCAGAUUACAAAUUGUGGAUAGAUAAUGUAGAAAUGCUUUAUAAAAAAUAUCCUAAUAAUAAAUGCUUUUAAUGGUCAUAUUGUAAUUAUUUUAAAUAAUUGAUAGUUUAUUUCCUAUUAUAAUAGGAGAAUUAUAAAGGAAUAAUUAAGUUAAAUACAUAAUCUAUUUUCCCAUUAUUUAUUAUAGCUCCCUACCUUUAAGAUGAAAUACGAGAUAAUAUGGAUGAUAAAAAUACUAUUGAAUAUCUUGAUAAAUUAAAUCCCAAUGAACCACAAAAUAGAUUAUUUGAAAUAAUAAAAAGUAAUUAAUCUAAUUAAUGAAAUAGGCAUAAUUCUAAUUGAAACAGGUAAUUAACAAGAGUCCUUUGAGCAGCUAUAAAAAAUAUUAUCUUUUGAUGAAGUGAUAAGAGAAUAUGUCCUUACAGUUUUAUUUUAUAAGAUGGAGAUUUUUAAAAUCUUUAUUAAUAGAUUUUUAGAGACAAAAACUAAACGUUAAAUAGAAUAAAUGAUUAAAUAAAAGCUCGAUAUUGAUCCAGAGAAUUUAGCAGUGUGGUUUCUUAAUAGUAAUUAUUUUUUUAAUUGUAGCCUAUGUAAAAUUGUAUGAAUGAAGGGGGG